UCUUUGUUUUUAGUCUUUGGGAAAACAUUUUGACUUUCAACCUUCGGGGGUCACAGAAGAAAAUGGAUGCCAAAGUAGAUGUUGUCAGGAGAGAAGUAAUCAAACCUGCUGCAGGUGCACCCCAUGAUCGCCUUCAACUCUCCCUCGUCGAUCUCUCCUGUCCAGCAGUUUACGUUGGAACAAUCUUCUUCUACAAAGCCAUUCCCGGAGAGUCGCCGGAGAUCAUCUCGAGAAGGCUGAGGAACUCUCUAUCGGAGACUCUGACACGUUUCUAUCCCCUGGCUGGACGAAUUGAUGGCGUCUCAGUCAACUGCAACGACGAAGGAGCACUGUUCACUGAAGCGCGCACCGAUCACCUCCUCUCCGACUUCCUAAAAAACAACCUCGAUAACACUGAAUCUCUUGGAUUAUUCCUCCCCUCAGUCGCACCUGGUGAAUCUGCAGGAACAUGGCCAUUGUUGAGUGUUAUGGUCAGUUUCUUUGGAUCCGGGUCCGGAGCUGCGGUCACUGUGUCCAUAUCUCACAAAAUAUGUGACGCGGCCUCCUUGUUGACUUUCGUCCAAGGCUGGGCCGCUACAAUGAAAGGUGCAAUAUCUAAUGACAUGGCGUUGACUAUUCCUAACUUUGUAGGAAGUACCAUUUACCCUCCUCCCCAUACCUCUUUCCAGUCUCCUUCAGUUGAUGACCUUUUAGAGUUUAGAGGAAAAUGCGUUACCAAUAGGCUUGUCUUCAAAUCCUCUAAGAUCGCUGCGCUUAAAUGCAAGGCCGCUAGCGAAAGCCUACUUGUGCCUACACGUGUGGAAGCCAUCAUGUCACUUAUCUGGAUAUGCGCAACAAAGGCAUCACGGUCUAACUCAGUCUCUCCAAAGUCAACGCUGAUGACUCAAGCCAUGGACUUGCGGCUUAGGAUCCCCACUAAUGUUUUGCCCAAAAACGCCAUGGGCAACCUGCAAUCCGCAUUCUUUCUCAAGAUAGAUGCAGAGAGCCCGAUGGAUAUUGGAGAAAUCGUUGUCCAGUUUAGAAAGGCCAAAGAAGGGAUCAAUGAUAUGAUUGAAGAGAAUCUCCAAGGCUAUCAUACUGAUAGUACCGUCGUCACCACUAGCACUUUGGGUCAGAACUUGUUAGGUGUGCUGCAGAAGUUUAUGACAGGGUUAACACCGGACAUAGACAUGUACGGAAUGUCUAGCUGGUGCAAAAAGCCUUUCUACGAGGUUGACUUCGGAUGGGGUAAUCCGGUAUGGAUUGGAUCCGCUUCCCAUACCAUCUGCGACAACCUAGUGUAUGUGUUGUUAUUGGAUUCCAAGGAUGGUGAAGAUGUAGAAGCUUGGGUAGGCCUACCUAAACAAGACAUGCCCGUCUUCGUUCGUGACCCAGACUUGCUUACUUACGCCGUCGUAAAUCCCCCAGUUCUGAUCUAAUCAAGUUUGGUCAUUACUCAUCAUACUCUGCUUUGUAUUAAUAAAUGUUUGGCUUUUGCGUUUUGCUGUUAUUGUUUAUAUUAAGAAUCAUUUCCAUUUGCAUGCUACUCGAUGUAUUUGUGGCUUUCAUCUUGUUUCUGCUCUAUAUGCUUUAUUUAAAACGUUUGUGUUUGACAUCUUCUUGCAUUUCCAGUUACUAUUAACGACUUAAU